GUUGUGACUAAAACAAGAUUGAUGUGUUUUCUGGAAAAAGCGUCCUUAAAAAUAUUAAAAUAUGGAAAAAAAGCGUAAAUAAGUGCGUUAGAAUUGUGCCGUGAGUGAAAAUGGAGUGGAAAACUCCACUCAAGCAUCCCCGAUCAAGGUGGUGAUUAAAAUUUAAAAUCAGCUCCCCCAACAUCAUCAAUUUUUAAUUGCUCCUAAUAUUGUCCACGAUGGCCGAAUCAAAUAUUUAUUACAACGAGAGCAAUUACAUGAAUCACCAGGAGUCCACUGACAAGGAUGUGAUUGACUCGGUUCAAAAUCUAACCGAGCAAAGUGAAAUGAUUUGUGAUGAUUCUCUCGUCGAAGAAUCGAAAGACGAAGCGAAGGAGGCGAGUGAGGAGCACGUCGAGAGCCCCACAACGGGGGCCUUCACCUUCAAGUGCGUCUUCUGCGAGCAGGUCCUCAGCGGCGGCGACGAGCCCAAGCUGUUGGAGUGUUUGCACAAUGCUUGUGGGACCUGCAUUGGGAACAAGCUCUACGAGACGGAAUUGGAGAAAAAUACUGUUGAGUGUCCACAGUGCAAUAUAGUGUGUGAACCAAAUAAAAUCAUCGACAACCAAUUUCUUGCAAAUAACGAAGACAACUCAGCGAAAUUAGCAGACUUGAAAUGCAGCAGUUGCAGUGAUGACGCAAUUGCGACGAGUUGGUGUGUCGAUUGCUCUGAGUACAUUUGUGAUAGUUGUGUUCAAGCACAUCAGAGGCUUAAAAUAACUAAAGACCACACUAUCAAGGCUAAAGAAGAGGGGGUCGACAACCAAUCAUCCUCGAGUAAUACUUCACCUAAUUUGUUCUGUUUGAGUCACCCCCAGGAAAAAUUAUCACUAUUUUGUGAAACCUGCGAUAAAUUAACGUGUCGCGAUUGUCAGUUGAUUGAACACAGGGAACACAAGUAUAAAUUCACCAAUGAGAUUGCCUCAGAAACGCGAAAAUUCAUAGCUGAUAUGUUGAAGGAUGUUGGUUACAAAAGGGCUUUGUUAAAUAGCGCAAUGAAGGUGAUUGAUGACCGUCAGAAUUUGAUCGUUGACAAAAAACAAGCCCUAGUUAAGGAAAUCACACAACUUGUUGUCAAGUUGACGAAUACGAUUAAUGUUAGGGGGAAACAACUCGUUUCAAAAUUAACCGAAGUUUGUGACAGUAAACAGAAGACUUUGCAGGAGAAAAAGCAAGCUUUGGAGCAGCUUUCACGUAUGACAGAUCAUUGUAUUGAGUUUACACAACAUGCGUUAGAUAAUGGCAGUGAUAUGGCGUUACUUUAUAGUAAAAAACAAGUCACUGAUCAUUUACGGAGGAUCAAAUGUAAACGAGCCGAUAUUCCAAAUCCGGAAAUUCCGGUGCGGAUUCAUCUGGCUUUGGAUAAAUUUCCGGAUCUUGUUAAAGGUUUAUCAACAGUCAUGUCAACGAUUGGUCAAAUCGUCGUUGAUGGGCGUAUUUACCCCUCACAAUCCGUAUCCCCAUCCCCACAUGGAUCCCCCAGUCCUGGUCAUUCCCGACAAUCCCCUAUUAAUCAAAUCCUCCAACAGUCACCCCCUUACCAACAACAAGGGGGUUUCCAACAAUCACCCAGAUUACCACCACCAUAUGGGCAAUUUGGAAAUGGGCCCCAAUACCCACAAAAUCAAAAUAUUAGUCCGAAAAUGAUGGGUCCACCAAUUCCAAUUUCAUUAGCCCAACAAUUGGGUGCUAAUCGAAUGCAAAUGCCACGGCAAAUGCCUCGGCCUUUAUUACCUCGAAUGAAUUCAAUGAAUCAACAACAGCAGGUUUCAUCAUCAACUCACCCCCAAAACAUGUUAUCGGAUCGAAGUAAUCUGCGGUGUUUGUUGCAACCAGUUUCGAGUAAUUCCCCGGUUUAUAUUCAAACAGGGCCUGCACAAUACCAAGCAGUGCAACCACAUAUGGCCCAACAGUACCAAAAUCGUUUUCCCCCAAACCAACAACCACAACAACAACAACAACAACAAGCGUUUCGCCAACAACCCCCCAUGCCUAUGAUGAUGAACCAAAAUCGUCCUCAAAGACAGUUUCAAAUGCAAACAGGGGGCUCAGCUCGUUGGCACAUACCACAACAACAAAUCAAUAAUAAUAAUAUACAAGGGGGCAAUCGUAAUAUGACUUUACCUACAAUCAAUGAUAAUUUUAAAAUCACACUAAAACAACAACAAACUCAAGAGAAUUGUCGAAAUCUACCAGCGACUGUUACUUCAACCAUUCCUAAAACACCAAGUCCGAAUCAUAUUCAAGGUCGUAGUGAUACUGAACGAAGUCUUGAUAAAUUUUGUGAGGAUUCUGUAAAGGAUUUAAUGGCAACUAUUGCAAAAUUAGAUUCAAAUGGGGUACAAGUUGUCGCUGAAGGACGACAAAAAGGGGGCUCACCACAUGUUGAUAGUUCGACAGGUGAUGCAGGACCAUCGGGGAAAAUUAAAAGUGAUCCAAUGGAAACGGGCAAAGAUGACCCCAAUGAAGAUUGGUGUGCGGUGUGUAUGGAUGGGGGUGAGCUUGUCUGUUGCGAUAAGUGCCCCAAAGUGUUUCAUCAGUACUGUCACAUUCCCAAUCUGAGCGUAGAGGAGAACGACACGUGGCAGUGUUUGUUGUGUACGAAUUUCGCCGAUUUUUCCGACGAAGUUUCAAGUGAGAAAAAAGAAGGGGAGCUUUGUUUCAAAGACAAGAAAAUCGCAGAACGUAUCGUUUUGGAAUUGUAUUGUCAAUACGAUCCUAGUUUACCGUUUCGGGAAGUAAUUGGUCCUGAGAAUGAGGAGUAUCAUGCGAUUAUUAAAAAUCCGAUUGCGCUUGAUUCGAUUCGUCAGAAAUUGAACUGGAAUUCAGCAGAGCAUUACACCAGUAUGGAGCAGUUGGUUAAAGACGUUCGAUUGAUGUUUAAAAAUGCCUACACGUAUAAUCCUGAGGAUUCUCAAGUGUACGCCGAUGCUAAAGUCUUGGAGAAGUUCUUUGACGAGCAAUUGGAAAAAUUCCUGCCUGAAUACGCUUACGAACAUUUUGAUGAUGAUGAUGACAUUCAGCCGCCUAAUAAAAAGUAUCGACGUAUAAUAAGUGACUGACAGAUUGUUCAUGGGGCGAAUAACACGGUAUAUUUCUCUCUCUAGUUCACAAACUGUAAUUUUUAAUUAAGAGAUUUUUAUGUAGUAAAUCAGGGUUCAAAUCGAGUAAA